AUGACAACCGAAUUGACUUUUGAGUAUAUAGAUGAAGACUCAAUUGAUCGUUUGCUCAAAUGUCGCAUAUGUUCGAAACCAUUUAUUGAUCCAGUAAUAACAAGAGAUGGUGGUCGAUUUUGUCGUAUAUGCAUUAUUCAAAAAGCAUCUCCCAAUGAUUCUAAACGUCUUAUUCGACAAUCAUCAUUUAUUGAAGAUUUAGUUCCCAUUAAAGAAAAAAUUCUUCUUGAUAUGCUUGAUGAUCUUCAAGUAAAAUGCACAAAAUGUCAACAAAUCAAUAAUCGUCGAGUUCAUUUAGAAGAACAUAUCCCCAAUAAAUGUCUAAAAAGAAUCGUUUUAUGUGACGCUUCUGAUUUGAAAUGUCCAUGGACUGGACCAUAUGAAGAACGUUAUAAUCAUAUGAAACAGUGUAUUUUUCAAUUAUUAAGACCUAUUUUAACUGAGGUUUUUCAAUAUAGAAGAGCUUAUGAUGAACAACAACAUGAAAUUGAACAAUUAAAAACACAAGUGAAGUUAUAUGAAGAUCGAACUGAAAAAUUACAAAAAGGAUAUACAAUAUUUUUAGAAUUAUUAUCUCAACAAACUCGUCGUUGUGCAGCAUUAGAAAAAGAUAUUCAAGAAAUCCGAGAACAAUCUAAUGCACAAUAUAUUCAACCAAUUGAAUUAAAAAACGAAAUCGAACAACUUAAACAAUCAUAUCAUCAAAUAAAUAUUCCUUCUGAUGGAUUUCAAACUGAAUUUCAUCGAUUAAAUCAACUGGAACAAUCAAUUGAUGACUUAUCAAAAAAAUAUCAACAAUUAAAUGAAAAAUAUCAAAAACAAGAACAUCAAAAUCAAAAUGCAAAUCAACAAUUAGAUGAACAAUGUCAAAACGAAAUUUCACAAUUAAAAGAACAAGUUAAUCAACAAAUGAUUCAGUUUAAUACAUUUCAAGAUGAAAGUCAACAAUUAAAAGAACAAUUUAAUCAACAAAUGAUUCAGUUUAAUAAACGCCAAACAGAAAUAAAUCAAUUACAAAAAGAAAGUCAAUCUCGAAAAAAAGAAAUCAUGUAUGUUGAACAAAAAUGCAAUGAACAUGGAAUCCAAAUACACUUAUUGGCUAGAAAAAGAUGUGUUAUACAAACAAUACUUCCACAUCACGACGGAAGAGUUGAAGCACUGAUUACACCAUUUGUAUCUGAUUCAGAAAUUAAUUUAGAUCGACAACUACUAAACGAUCAAGAUAUGGAAAUUAUAUGUAAAAACGUGAUUAUUGAUAAACGAUGUAGCAAACUUCGAUUAGAAAAUAAUGAUAUUUCUGCCAAAGGUGCUACAAUUUUAGCUAAUGGUUUAUAUGGUAAUACUACUCUAGUGGACCUACAACUUUCUAAUAAUCGCAUUUCUGAUAUGGGUGCACAUGCUCUAGCACAAGUACUUAGUAUUAAUAAUUUCACACUUGAAUUACUUGAACUUCAUUGGAAUGGUAUUACCGAUGUCGGUGCUGAAUAUUUAGCCGAAAUGCUCAAAACAAACAAAACAAUAACACUAUUGGGAUUAGGUUUUAAUCGAAUUGGUAAUCGUGGUGUUCGACUAUUGACCAGCGCAAUUACUUGUUAUAAUGAAACUCUUCAAUGGUUAGAUCUUUCUUCUAACAAAUUAAUAACUGAUGCAUGUGUUAAUGAUCUUAUCGAAAUGUUCAAACAGAAUCGUUCAUUGCACGCAGUUUGGCUGAAUGAUUGUAGCUUGUCUCAAGAUGGUGUGGAAAAGCUUAAACAAAUAGUCAAUUCGAAAGCAAAUUUUACUUUAGAAGUUUAA